AUGAGUACAAAAACAAUCCAUUCCGAUGAGUUAUGUGAUUCGUCAUCUAUUAAUGGGUUGGUAAUAGAUGCCCCUAGAAAAUUCGGAUGUUCUCUUCAAAACAUCAAAAAUCUAGAAGAAGACUUGAUUGAUACUUUUAAUGAGUUUGAUUCAAAUGAGCAUGUAAAACUUGAAAACCUAAUGUGUUCAGGAAAAAAUCCCUCAACAGAGUCUUUGUAUCUUGAAGAACUGUUAAAGGCAUUAGAAAAAGCCGGCUUAAAGUACGAAGAUUAUUUAAAGACUAUGGAUGAUUUGCAAAACGAAAAUGAACCUGGGGAAGAUAAUCAGAAAGAUAUGGAGUUGGACGAAUAUAUUUUAGAAGCUACUUCCAAUCCCUCUAGGAAGUCAUGCAAUAAAGAUAUUCUGGACGUUCAUCAGAAUACACUCCCAGUACAACCAUCUAUUGUGUCAGGUAAUGGCAACACAGUUAUAAAUAAUAAAUUAAAAAUCGAAAUUAUGCACCAACGAUUGAGUAAAGAAAUCAUGAAGUAUGAAAAGGCUAAAUUGGAAAAUUAUAUUGAUACUUUAGAGAAUGCAAAACUAUGGAUAAACAAAACCAAUCCUCCUUUAAAUGAAAUUUGUCUUAGUUCAAAAGAAAAUGAUUUGAGCAAUCAACUCAAUGAUGACAAUCAAGUUGAUAAUUCAAUGAAUCUGGACAAGUUUCCUGAUUUGGAAUCUGAAGAAGCAUAUCUCAAUAAUCGUUUAAAAGAAUUAGAAAAUGAAAUGAAAUCUGAACUAGAACAUUUGAAACAAAUUCAACAAAUUAAAAGUGACUCCUUUACAGCUAAUUCAAAUUAUCAACUACAUUGUUGGCGAUCUUUGUUGAAUAUUGAACAAAUAAACCUAACCGCAAGAUAUUUUAAUGAUGAAUAUAAAGUAAGACCUCAGUCUGCUGUUGAGCGACAUUCAAAUUCCGGAAAACUUUGUGAUAGAACUAAGUUACUUGAAAGAAAUCUCGGCUAUUAUUUUGGUUUACGUGAUGAGGCGAGAACAAGCUGUUGGGGAGAUGGUUGUGAAUGUGACAGUUGUUUACAGAAAAAAACUGAGACAGUUGUCACUAAUACAGAAAACUAUUCAAGGUGUAAAGUCGAAGAGUUUGGCAGACUAUCGGUUGUUGAAGUUUCUGCCAAUGCUGCCAACUUCACUGUCCCAACUAAACCGACCGAAGAUGAUAAGGCUUCUCGUCCUGGUACCUCAAGUUCUUUGAAACUCCAGCUAGCCUAUGGUGUUGGUGAGACAUGUCACUCACCGUCUUUGGAGUUAAGUGACUUAAAAGAAUUGGGUAUGGAGUCUGUGACUAAUCAAUGUCCUGCUGUGGCGAUUGGUUCGUCUACAUUUCAAAAUGUUUGUGAUGAAGUUGAUAGGUCAGUUGUAGAAGUAUCUAAUAUUACUGGCAAUCACUAUGUUAAAACUGAGCAAACUGGUGAGAAAGCAGUUUGUUUUCUUGAUCCUCUGGCUGCAGCAGCAAUAGCGUUGUCUGAUGACAAUGAUUCAACCUAUGAAUUCACAUCUAUGACAUCUUGGGCUGCUCAAACAUUGCAUGAAAAUGCGAAAAAUGAUGUCAUUUCAAUACCGGAGAUUUCCUUAUCUGGAUCAGAAAACUGCAACAGCAACUUUUCGAGGUUGAACAAGUCUUUACAGAUUGAACAAAGUGAAGAAUCGACUCAAACAACUAAUCUAAUGGAAUAUAUUCAUAAACAAAUUAUUCAUUUAACAUCACGUAAUACUAAUCUUAAAACACAACCAUCUAUUGUUACGAAUGACUUAAGCUGUCAAGCAGUCUGUCUCAACUUUUUCAAUGUUAAAUUUGAAAUAACAAAUUUCAGUAGUAUUUCAACAUACUUCACUUUUUUAAAGUUUCUAAUAAUAAAUGAAUGUGAUCUGAAAUCAAAUGAUCUUAAAGGUAUAACUCAACUAAAUAAUCUGGAAUUUUUAGAUGCAAGUAGAAAUAAUCUUAAUGGUAUGAACCUAAAUGAAAUGAAUUUAUCCAAAUUAACUAUAUUGAAAUUAGCUCAUAAUAAAAUGACAAAACUUUCAGAUAUAAUGGGAUACUUUCCUAAUCUUUUAAUGUUAGAUAUUUCAUCGAAUUAUAUUACAAAUUUGGAUAUACAAAAAUUGGUCAUUUCAUUUCCUAAACUUUAUCAACUUACGGCAACAAGUAAUCUUAUCACAAAUAUACAAAUAAAACCUUCAAAUACAAAAUGGACUAAUGAAAAUCUUAAUUUGUUAGAUUUAUCCGACAAUGAAUUAACUGUUAUUGAUGAAGACUUAACAUCUCUGUUAAAUAUCACUAGGUUACAAUUAUCUUCAAAUACUUUAAAUAAGCCAUUUGAAACUGGAUUUUAUGGCGCUACAUUACAAGAAUUGGUCUUAGAUCAUAACAAUUUAACCUCAAUAAACUGGUUAAGUGAAAGUUGGUUACCAAAUCUCAUUUAUUUGGAUGUAAGCAAUAACAGGAUAAUUGAUUUACCUAUGCUGCCGUUUCCAUUAUUACAAAAGCUUAUAAUCAGUCAUAAUUUGAUAAAUGAAAUUGAGUCUCUCUUCAGAGGAACAAAGGUUUUACCACGUAAUUGUAUGUUAGAUAUCCGGUGUAAUCCUUGUACACUGCGUUUGAAUUUUACGGAAACUAUCAAAGAAAAGUUUCCAAACACAAUAAGCACUUCUAAUCAAGAUAGUGUUUUGACAAGGACAAUAUUUCAAAAUCAUGAAUUCCAAGCUACUGUUUUCAGUGAAAGUAUUUGUCAGUGUUCACAAUGUAUUCGUUUGAGAAUGUCAUGUGAGCAAUACUACAAAGAAUAUCAAAAAUGCGCAAACUGUCUGGACUUAACAUUUAAACGUAUCAACGAUGCAGUUACGAAUCAUGAAUUACUGUGUCUUGAUAAGCCAAUUUCAAAUAGUCAUGUAUUAUGUCACUUAAAUUCGAACAAUAAUCUUCACCUGAAAAAUCAGCUUGUUCAUUUUAAUAAUCAAAAUAUUAUACUCAAUAUUUUUUCAAAAGAAAACCAAUGCUCACAAAUAUAUCACUAUAUAGAUCUAAUUGAAGAGAUAACCGUAUUGAAGAGAAAGCAAAUUGAUUUAUUGAAAGUUCUUCAAAUUAAAAUAAUUGAAGCCAUGUCAUAUGCUGUGUAUGGAAUUGAUAACAAUAUCUGUUACGUCAUUAAACAUAAACUUUCUAUGUCUUUACCGUUAAACAUAAUAUUUUACGAAGAUUUUUCUUUUAAUGUACAGUUUCGUUGUUAUGUGAUUUUCAAAUUGUUUUCAAAACAUAUGACGGACAACAAAAAUAAAAAAUACUUUCUACAUGGAAGCAUUCAUAGUUCUGAAAUUUCUUUCUUUUAA